AUGGUAUUUGUACUACAGAGAACUGGUUGGAACAUGACAGGCGAUCAAGGAGACAUUUUCUGGAGGGCAGCAUUUGUGAAUCUUGAAGAAUUUAGCAAAAUUUACCAAAUCCGCUUCACACAUACAUUGCCAGAGAGCAACUGUGGAUCAGAUAAAUCACAGCAAUGCACUAUUUGCAAAAAUAAACGCUGCCCAGCUGCCAAUGUAGCUAUUGAUGGCAUAAGGUUAGAUUGUGAAACUAAACAGGAAGUUUUGCCAGUGGACUCUUGCACCAACAGAUGGCCAGUGUUAUCUGGUUGUGAAAUGCGUGCUGAUAUGCCUUCAGUUAAAGGUCCUGCAUACAGUGUCGAAUAUUAUGCCAAACUGAAAGAAAGCUACGUAACAGCUACUGGUUCACAAGAUGACCUUAUAGCCAUCUAUGAAUUUAAGGUGUUGUCCACAGCCAGUUAUGUGGUUUGGAAGCAAACGUUUGCCACAAACAACACAACAAAUGGUGUCUCCUUUAGAGUUGAUGAGGGUGAUUGGUAUGUCUGGCAACUGCCAUUCAAAGGAUCUAGUUCCUUAUGGACACAGUUCUACCAUCAGCAAUUCAAGUUGAGACCUGGAAUUCAUAAAGUGUCUUUGAGACAACGAGAGUUUGGUUUCCGUGUAUCCAAACUUGCUCUUGUUCCAGUUUUUCUAACAAUGUGGGCUGACCUAGGAAUGCAGAGCCGUUAUAUCCCAGAUGGAUCUCUUUCUGCAUUUCCCCUUAAUAAUUACCCAGAACCAAGAUAUGGAAGACUGCAUGCAAAAGGUUUGAUAUUUUUGUUAAAUUCAGUUCUCACCGAAGUUCAGAAGAUAUUUCUCUUUGAAUUAUCAGAGUGUCCACAAGGUUUAUUUGGAAAUAAUUGUACCCAGUCCUGCUCCUGCGUUCGUGGAACAUGUGAUCCUCACAACGGCACCUGUGAAUGUCCACCUGGUUUCCACGGUUCCCUGUGCGAGAAGCCAUGCCCCAGUGGAUGGUAUGGCCCUGGGUGUGGUCUACAGUGUUUUUGCGGUAAUGGCACUGCUUGUGAUCAUGAAUCAGGACAGUGUAGAUGUUCUCCUGGUUGGACAGGUUUGACGUGUCAGCAAUCGUGUUCCGACGUUUCCACCGUCGUUGGCUUUUUCGGAGCAAACUGCUCUGAAAGAUGUGUGUGUCCGGGGUCAUGUGAUCCAGUAAAAGGCACUUGCUCUUGUCCAAGUGGAUUCCGAGGUCCGAACUGCAUCGAGUCCUGUCCUAAGGGGAGGUAUGGACCCAAAUGCUUACAGACGUGCCACUGCAUGAACAGUGCAUCGUGUAAUCACGUGAGCGGCACGUGCACAUGUGCGCCGGGAUGGUCUGGGGAGAACUGCACAGAGAGGUGCCCAACUGGCCAUUAUGGAUUACAGUGUGCCUCCAAGUGCCAGUGCAGUAUGAAUGGUACGGAGGUUUCUACAUGUGAUUCGGUGACAGGGGAGUGCAAUUGUCGACCUGGCUAUAGAGGUUACAGGUGCGAAGAGCAGUGUCCUGAAGGUUUUUUCGGCAAAAACUGCAGCCAGCGAUGUAAUUGUGAGAACAGUUACGCUUGUGACUUUACAGAUGGGACUUGUUACUGUAAACCUGGAUAUCACGGACAAACAUGUCAGCUAAGCUGCGGGACAGGCUACUAUGGUAUUAACUGCAAUAAUACUUGCCAGUGUAAUAAAUCAAACACUAGGUCAUGCGACAAGGCUGACGGAAGUUGCACGUGCCAGGACGGAUAUGCGGGUGUCUUUUGCGAGAGUGUGUGUUCCGACGGUUACUAUGGAAGAAACUGUGUUCAGAAGUGUACGUGCAAAAAUGAUGCUGCUUGUGAUCACGUGAAGGGCGAGUGCAGUUGCGCAGCUGGAUUUCGAGGUCGAAAUUGCGACAAAGCGUGUGAUGAGGGCAGGUUUGGUGCCAAUUGCGCUUACACUUGCUCAUGUCGAAAUGGCGCGAGAUGUAAUUCUUUUACUGGCAAGUGCGUCUGUUUACCUGGCUUCUCGGGCAAUCGUUGUGAAUCUGAAUGCCCCAGUGGCCGGUACGGUUUUCACUGUAGACUUCCCUGUGACUGUAACCUGGGCAAUAGUCCCAAAUGCGACCCCGGCACAGGUCGGUGCAUUUGUGCACCAGGGUUCAAAGGUACCAGGUGUGAUGAGCCUUGUGAUGAUGAUUUCUAUGGCGAGGAGUGUAAAACACAAUGUCCCAUAUGUUCAAGACACGCGUUCGGUGCAUGUGAGAAGGUGCAUGGCAACUGCACGUGCACCUCUGGUUACCAAGGAUACCUUUGCUUUGAUGACUGUGCGCUGGACCGAUAUGGCUUGCAUUGCAAGGAAGUGUGUGAGUGUUCGGUAGACGAGCUUUGCCAUCACAUCAACGGGAUGUGUUUGGAUCUAUCCAGAGGAAAAUUUAGCCUGAUCGUCAACGAUAGUGUAGACGAGCUUGACCUACUUGCAAGGAAGAGAGACAUUAAGCUAGGGUUGGAAAAACUAAUGGAACUUUAUUAUGACAAAACUGAUGACGGGCGCACUCGAGCUCGUCGCAGUUUACUCGAUAACGACAAUGAAACUUCCCAUAGCACGGAUGAACCAUCAGAUCAGCCUUCUGGCCCUGAAAGCAGUGACACUCAUGAGAAGAAGGGAGCCAAGCAUGUGUUCAUGGUCCGCCUGCUGGAGCUGCAGCCAGUGCUGACGGAAAACCAGGAUAAUGGCACAAGAGUGGUUUGUGUUCUCCUCGAUAACUUUACUGUGGUGGAUGGGCAUUAUGUGGAUGAAGUCCUCUCCAGAGUACCCAGUGAGGAUAUUUCUUCGUCUCUCCAAGUCGAGUACUACACUGGCAAACUGUACAAAAAAAAAACUGGUUCCACCAUAGCGGUACACCUUCCACUUAUCAUUGGUGUCUCUGUUG